GUAUGUCACUUAAGUAUUUACUAUUGAGAAAUUUCAUUUAUGCGACAGCAACAGCCAGUCGGCCAUCACCUAUCUUACAUGCAUAAGCAUUUCCAUAUAGCAUGAAAAGUAUUCUUAUCGUCUUUUUACACCACAUACAAAACUGUUUAUGGUAUAUGUGCAAUAAAUCCAUAUACGUUUUGAAGAAAAACAAUAAAAUUAGAGCUCUUAUCAUUUGAAGGCAAAGAGUUUCAAUUUUUAGCUGUCUUGAUCGGGUUUCACAUAUCAAUUUACAUUAGUCGGUAUUGAAGACGAACGUUUCCAAUAAAACGAAGAAUAAAUGAAUAAUAGUUAAGACUGAAAUAGUCAUUGAAUUAAUUUAAAAAAUUAAAAUGCAUUUAAAAGUUUGUAAAACUACGACAAAAGUGUCGAAACCUAUAUUAUGCGUUCAAACCUAUGAUACAAAAUCUGAUACACAUAUGAUCAAUAUGUGCAACGAUUUCGAAGUGCAGCCUAUUUAUGUACGAAAACAGCCAAAAUUUCCGACACGUGAACGUAACUUGGCAGUUAGACGUAAAAAACCGCCUUCAGUUACCUCAUAUUUUAAUCAACGGUUGCAUCGUGAGUGGUGUCGCAAAAAAACUUGCCAAUCAUGUAAAUGCCCCCGCGAAGCUCAUGCAAUUUAUCAACAACAAACGACAUCAGUACAUGAACGCUUAGGCUUCAAAGUCGUUUCGCCGGCUGAUUCUGGCGUCGAACCAAGAGAUCUGGGCUACACAUGGGUGCCACCUGGUAUACGUUCCUCUUCGCGUAUUAAUCGAUACUUUGAGCAAUUGCCAAAUAAUAAAGUGCCAAAAAUCGGAACUGAAGGAGCGCGUUAUCGCGAACAACAGAUAUCGUAUCAGUUGCCCAAACAAGAUCUUUCCCUUCAACAUUGCAAGCAUCUGGAAGAUCAGUAUGAAGCAUCCUAUGAAGAUUUCGUAACAGCACGCAACGAGAUUUCAUUGGAUAUCGGUUAUGUUAAAGAUGCUCCAUAUGAUGAACAUUGCGCCCAUUGUGAUAACGAGAUAUCUUUGGGUGAGAUGGUAGUGGCGGCACCAAAAUUCAUCGAAAAUAUUAUGUGGCAUCCGCGCUGCUUCACCUGUAAUAUUUGCAAUGAAUUACUGAUCGAUUUAACAUAUUGCGUACACGAAGAUAAGAUCUAUUGUGAACGUCACUACGCAGAAUUGUUGAAACCUCGUUGCGCCGGCUGUGAUGAGUUGCAAAACGAUCGAUUAACACGAAACAUCUUCGAUAUCAAUAGAACCGCUCGCUUAUUACUAAUUACUUAGUGGUUGAUUGCUCGACGUCCGGCUAGCUAACAAUUUCGACGCUCACUAUAGUGCUCAAUCUCUUGAAAUCAACACCAAUAUCAAUAUUACGCUAAUUCGUCGCCGUCAUCUUUACUAUUAUUAUUAUUAUUU